AUGUGUCCAAAUAUAAAUCAAACAAACCAGAAUCCAUCACCUGAAUUAGAUGCCAAGAUUCUCUUGUCACCAAGGAAUUCAUCUACAUUAUUGUUAACGGUAUUGGUGAAAAUCAUCAAUAAAGACAGAUCUUUAAUUAUCCGAGGAUUAUUCGAUACCGGUGCUCAAAGAUCUUUCAUAAAAAAGGAUAUUGUGGAUAAACUGGGAUUGGAACCAGUAGAUCAAGAAAUGUUAAGUCAUGGACUUUUUGGGGGCAGUGAAACUAAACAAAAGUCCCAUAAUGUGUAUAACAUUACAUUGCAAAGCUUGUGUUCAAAUUUCAGGCACAACAUUUCCGUUUUAGAUGAAAAGAAAAUAUGUGGUGCUAUUCCUUGUGUAAGUAAUCCUGACAUUUUUCCCAUUUUGAAGAGAAAAAAUAUAGAAUUAAGUGAUACAGGGGAAGACACUCCUGAAAUAGAUUUAUUAAUAGGAGCAGAUUACCUUGGUGUAUUGCUGACGGGAUCCAUUGAACACAUUGAUAAAAAUUUAGUAGCCAUAAAAACAAAACUCGGAUGGACACUUCAAGGUAAACAAACGAAACAGUCGAAAUCUUUGGAGAAUAUUAUUUAUGUUGCCAAUUUAGAUUUGACGGAAUUAUGGAGUCUAGAUGCCAUCGGUAUACGAGAUCCUGUAGAAAUUAAAUCAAGGCAGGUAGCCGAUGAAGAAACAGUUGAAUUUUUCUGUAAAACUAUUAAGAGAAAUGAAGACAAGAGAUAUGAAGUAUGUUUGCCGUGGAAAAGUGGAUAUCCAGAGUUAGAAAGCAACAAAGAAUUAGCCACUAAGCGUUUGAUGUCAACUACAAAAAAUCUUAUUCGAUCAGGACAUUUAAGCGAAUAUGAUGAUGUGUUUAAUGAAUGGAUUCGAGAGGGAAUUAUCGAAAUUGUAAAUGAAGAUAAGAAUAAAGGACAUUAUUUACCUCAUCAUCAAAGACUGGAGAUACAACUACAAAGAUUCGCCCUGUUUUCGAUGCCUCAGCAAAAGACUCUAAAGGAAAUUGCUUAG